AUGUCUCAAGAUGUUUUAUCAGCUAUUUCCACAGAAUCCGUUUUAUAUUACACAGUUACCUAUAGAGAGAACUUUGAAGGCUUUGAUAUUAUUGCAUUGUUGAUGUGGAAAGGCACAGAACAACAAUUCAAGAAUAAUAAGCUCAUUUUGAGGAGUAUUGAUCUUUCAAGCAAUCAAUUGAUUGGAGAGAUUCCAAAAGAAAUAGAAAACUUGAUAGAAUUAGUCUCGUUGAAUUUAUCAAGCAACCAUUUGACCGGAAAAAUCACUUCAGAGAUUGGAAGAUUAACAUCACUUGAAUUUCUUGACUUGUCGAGAAACCAUUUAUUUGGCCCAAUUCCUUCUUCUCUAGCUCAAAUUGAUCGUCUGUCCUUGUUAAAUCUGUCUAAUAACAAUCUGUCUGGAAGAAUUCCAAUAGGCACGCAGUUACAAAGUUUUGUUGCGUCAAGUUAUGAAGGGAAUGCUGAUCUUUGUGGGAAGCCACUUGAUAAAAAAUGUCCGGGAGAUGAAGAAGCCGCACACAAGAAACCAAAAACAGUUGAAGAAAGUAGUCCAGAAGAUAAAAAAUCAAUUUAUUUGAGUGUGGGAUUGGGAUUUAUCACAGGAUUUUGGGCACUGUGGGGAUCUUUGUUUCUCAUCAGGACUUGGAGACAUAAAUAUGUCUUGUUCUUGAAUAAUAUAGUUGACAGAAUUACGAGUUUAUGGCGCUGA